AUGUCUUCUUGCCGAUUUAUAUCAAGCGUUUGGGGUAGAAGAUGUUUGGUGUCAUCAUUUAAAUCUCGUUCCUUCUCUUUAGUCAACGGAAAAUGUUCCAGCGCCAAAAUUCUCACAGGAGAAACGAUGAACCCUUUCGUGAAACAGAUCGAAUAUGCAGUGAGAGGGGCGAUUGUAGAGCGAGCGGGAGUUUUGGAAAAAGAAUUAGCGAAGGUACGUUUUUAUAGUUAUUUUUAGUCCUGAAUAAAACUUAAUCUUACGCAUUUUUAAAAUUCUAAAAUCGCCCUAAGCGUAGGUUUUACAAUUUCGUUGAACGUCUAUGAUCGCAGAAAUAGCAAGAAAACGUGUGAGGCUGCAUGAGUAGUGCUUUACAUGUGGUAUUCGACAAUAAACAUUGGACUAAACUACCAACCGACUCACUGUGGUGGUUGGUGCGAUAUUUAAAGAAAAUGUUUGUGUUGAGUUUGGCCUUCGACUUUGGUUUCUCUAAAAUAUCAAAAAAUUUAAUAUGGGACAGGGAAAAGAGGGUGGCAAGGGGGCGUGGAAUUAUGGAAAGAGGGAAAAGGAUGAAACAGGUUUCAUUGACAUCAUGAGUCACAUGAACAGUCAGAGCUGAACUCAUCAGAGAUCUAGCGAAAACUAAGUUCUGUUUCUACUUUGCUUACAUUGUAGUAAAAACUCAACUGCUGGAGUCAUGCAGACACAGGAGAACUAACUGGGUUAUUCUUCUGUUCUAGCCUGCGAAUGGCAGACGUUUCUUCUCACUCAUUGCCGCUGAGGGACAUUUCGUGAGGACGAACGUCUGUGACUCAGCAACAGAUAUUCCAUACUGAUGACAUAAAUCAAUGGUUACAUAAUAAAUCCGGUAGUCAUGAGGUUCCAAAUGCAAAUUUGUUCAAUUUUACAUUUCUCCUGGUCAAUUUUGGAAAAGUGUUGUGUUCAUCUGUGAAUGAGCUCCUGCAAAACUCAAAUGCUUCUUCUAGAGAAGACUAUGCUCCACAAAUAUUGACUGUUUUGUUCGAGAUUCAUCGUGUUUACAUUUGACCUUUGUGGCCUUUUGUCUUUUGUCAGUCAUUUGUAAACAAUAGCUAGAACAAUGAAACUACUCCGUCGACCAAUUAGCGCUUCUGAUGGGAUUCCGGACAGAUUUUGCGUCAUCAGUAUGGAAUUUCUGUCACUGAGUCGCAGACGUUCCUCCUCGCGAAACGUCCCUCAGAGGCGAUAAGCAAGGAGAAACUUCUGCCGUUCGCAGGCUACUUCUGUUUCUGCUUACAAAAUUCUGAAUUACUGGUCCCUCGGGAAACAGUUAAUAAUUAACAAAAAAUAUUUUUGUUUCCUUCAAGUCUCAAUGUUUCCCUUGUCAGCCUCAGGAAACACUGAGAUUUGAGGGAAACAAAAUUAACUGUUUGCUGAGGGACCAGCUAUAAAGUGAUUUGUUAUAUAGCUGGAAGUUCAAUAAACCUCGCUGUUAUGAGGGUCAUCAGUCGACAUUCGCAGGUAACAGUGCAUUGAGUGCACUGUUACCCUCUGACGUCACAAAUUUUGUAAUGUUGCCUGCUCAGAGAUUUUGACGGGAAACAGUUUCAUUGUUAGAUGUUAUGUGACCUCUAAGUAACUAAUGAGAAUGUAUGCUGUUGGGAAAAAUUUUCCAGUUAUAUAACAAAGUUAAUUAUAUUAUUGUCAGUGGUUUGCAACCUCAUUCCCAUUUCUCUCCUACUCAUUCAUUGGAGCAAGAGAAGAGAAUAGGAGAGAACACAGGAAAGCAGAUUGAUUGGUUUAUGUCAUAAACUCGUUAGUGGAGGAGGACAAGAAAGGACACAUUUUUUUUCUUGCAAUUUUGAUUCUGGCAAGCUUUUGUUGCUCCACUUUUCACACUGAUUUUUUUUUGUUAUUUCCUCAAGGUCAUAGGCAUAAAAGCUCUUAUGGCCUCUUACGCUAACCCCGACAAUCAUAAAAUGCAGAGUUUUCUUUAUAAACCGUAUUAAAAGGAAAACUGUUACAUAAUCUGUGACUAGACAACAAUUUAUAAUGUUUAACUUUCUUUUAACCUUUAGGGGGCACCAAAACCAUACAAAGAAGUGGUCAAAGCAAACAUUGGAGACGCUCAUGCCCUUGGAAUGAAACCACUUACCUUUCCACGUCAGGUUUGCCAGUGCUGUGUUCAUCAACUAGUGCUAUGUAGAUCAGUUGAAUUACAGCUUUAGUAAUUGAUCAUUAACUUAAGUUUUUUUUUUCUUCUAAAUGUAUUUUAGGUUAUUGCCAUGUGCAUUUGUCCAGAGCUUUUGGAAACAUCUGACUUUCCAGCUGAUGCGAAGGCGAAAGCCAGAAGAAUAUUGAAUGAUACGAGGGGGUUUAGUAUGGGUAGGUGCAUGUAGAAUUAUUAACAUCUCAUUUCUCCUGCAGAUAAUAAACAAUUAUUGGAUGAGGUUGAGCAUGAUAUCAUGAAUUAUCAAAACCGAGGUCUGUGUUAUCUUCCGAAGCGGAAGGCUGAGGCAGAUAAUACAGACACGAGGUUUUGGUAAUUGAUGAUAUCAUGCGAAAACCGAAUUCAGUAAUUGUUUUAUUAUACAUUUUUUAAACAAUAGGCAAAAGAAGACAUUCAUCUGUUGAAAAAUGGCUUUAUUUCAAAACUAAGGUGAAAGUGACACUGAUAAGCUUAACCAAGAUCAUUUACAAAUUUUAAAAUACAAUAAUAAAACCUUUGUCUGAAUAAAGUAUACAUUAAAAUAGAAAAAUCCUUAGCGGAAAAUCUUUAUAAACAUUAAUUGAAAAUAAUUCAUCCUCAGAAACAGAAGCGAAGCGUUCAGCCAUUCUGUUUCUGAGGAGAACACUCCAAGGGGCUUGGUAACCAGGCAGACGUUGAACUUGACAUGAUAAAUGCAAUAUCUGCAGCAGAUAUUGCAUUUAUCAUGUCAAGUUCACAAGCUAUUGUGAAUUGAUUGAAUGCUCUUGACCAAUCAGAUUUUUCAUAGUGAGUCUGAUGUAUAAUAAUGUUGUAUAUAUCUCACAAUUUAUAAUAUUUUUCCUGUAACAAGAAAGUUUAACCUGAUAUUUUUUAUGUCUGAAGGUGCAUACUCGGAUUCUCAAGGACUGGAGGGCAUUAGAAAUAAUGUGGCCAAAUACAUUGGUGAUAGAGAUGGAUAUCCUUCAGAUCCAAACUCAGUUUAUCUUACAAGUGGAGCUAGUGAGGCCAUAAGGGUGAGAAAUGAUUUAAUGCAUUGAGCUCCACAAGAGCGUUGUUCUUUCUUACUAAUUGGUACAUGCCCUAGUGGCUUAACAUGCCUCACCCUGGGGCUGUCGCUUAACUUUCAAGUUGCCAGGUACAUGUGAUUAGUAGGUGGAUAUUUGUACAGCAAGGAAGUUCUUUUGGUUGUAUUUUCGUUUUGUUUCUUAUGAAAGUAGCCAAGGCUCAUGCUCUUAGUAGCCAGGGAAAAUCCCUGUUCCCUGGCUCUUUUAGUGACAGGUCACCCUGCAAACAGAUCCUUUCUUCCACUUACUUGAUUUUGCCAUCAACAAGAAAGACUUUGCUUGAUUUGAGUAAGAUCUUUGGGAUCAUAAUGAUCUGAUCUUUGUUGAGAGAGAGCUGCUUGUUCCUGGGAUACAGUUUCAAAUCCAGGCUCAAUAGCCAUGUGCCUAGUACAGCAGGCUCAGUUAUGACCAUCGGUUUUUCAAUAAACAAAUGUUUGCGCUCAGAAAACCAGUUCGAUAAGAGAGAACAAGAUUAACUAGUCCAGCAUAUGGGUAGCAGCAACUUCAAAGGCUUGAUGUGAUUCAUGCAGAGCCUCCUUUUAAAAUCAACAAUCAAGAAGGCAAAAAAAGGGUCUACUCACAGGGUGACCAUACCUUGUUCCUACGGUGUCCUCUACACAUUUUCCUUGAACCGCAGUUGGGACAUUUAUUGUUCUGUGAAAUGCUGCCUGAGCUACAUGUAUAAUAAUAAUUAUUAUACAUGUAGCUAAUUUGUUUCUAAUUUAUUUAUAGUUUUUUUUUUCAAAGCAUGUAAUGUGAGUAUUUAUGUGAGGCCUAGUAUUUCUUACCUCAGUCAGUUUUGGAAAACUGUGGCAUGGAAACCGUUUUUGGAUAAAAUGACACAUUAUUUUGCUUGGCAGCUUUGAUGACUCAGAUUAAGAACGUUGCAUUUUACUGCCUACAAGUUUUCCCAUAUUGGAGCCUAUUGCUUAUUUACAACUCGUAAAUUAACAACUUCUAACUAUGCCAUUAAAGACAUACAACAUGAGAAUACCUAUGAAUUUUGGAGAGGGCGUGUUUAGUUGUUGGUGUUGUUUGUAAUUGUUUAUUCUUCUUGUAAACGUUUCUUUAUGAUAUUAUUUUCAAGGCAAUAUUGAAACUUCUCCAGACAAGUGUCAAUACUGGAAAUGGUAGAGCUGGAAUUAUGAUCCCAAUUCCACAGUAUCCACUCUACUCUGCAACACUAUCUGAAAUGAACUCAUAUCAGGUACCAAAUAACCCUGUAAACCCUAACAUCAAAAUUCAAAUUCUCAUUUGUUAUCCCUAUACAUUUUUAAUAGAAGUAGUGGGGAGAAUUUGUUGAAGUAUCAAUUACAUUCAUCUAGUGUGAUCGUGUCCUUAAUUCUCAUGGCCACUCUGUUUUAUAAAUCAGUACAGUGAUAUUAUAAGGAGAAAUUUGACACUCAUCACUCUUAGAGCUUAAAGGGUUAAACCAGGUCCACUAGUAAACAGCUGACGUAGCAUGCCACUCACAAUGUUUAGGGUCUUAGUUUGACUUUGGUCAAACUGAAAAAUCAAAAUCGGUAUAUUGAAUAUCACUCUUUGUGAAGUGAGCUCCCUGUAUAAAGAUUGUUAUUAUUGUUAUUAUUAUUAUUAUUACUAUUAUUAUUAUUAUUAUUAUUAUUAUUAUUAUUAUUAUUCAAAUCCCAGUACAUGGUUGGGGCCCAAAACAAGGAUUUAGGUGCUGUUUUGCAGAUAGACUGAACCAAAGUUUAGUUUCGUCUAUGGGGCAGACUAUAGCUAAUUCUGCAGUUUUGAACCUUCAGACAGGUUACAAGCUGAUGUAUGGUCUCAAUCAAAGAGGGCAUACACUUAAUCUUCAGACUCUACUAUGAUCCAUAACAAAUUAUUAUCUUGUUUGUCUGCAGAUAAACUAUUACCUUGAUGAAGCCAAUGGCUGGAGGCUUGAUAUUGAUGAGCUGAAAAGAUCUUUGAAUGAAGCCAAGCCCCACUGUGUUCCACGUGCUCUGUGUGUUAUUAAUCCUGGCAAUCCAACAGGUACAUGUAACGCCAGAAAUUCUCUGUUUUAAUCAUGGUCCAUUGAAGUAUCUUCAAGUUUUGCUUUUCAUUACCAUUAGUACAGUGAUAGCGAAUUUUUAAGGAUGAAAAAAUCUCAGUUGAACAUUCUUAUGAUUUUUUAUGUUUCUCCUAGGUCAGGUCCUAUCUUAUGAAAAUGUCAGAGACAUCAUUAAAUUUUGCAAGGAAGAAAGACUUGUUCUACUUGCAGAUGAGGUAGAUAUGCCUACGAUUGUUCAACAUUACAGUAUAAUUUGGUUAUUUUUCCUUGGCCAUAAAAAAUAAGAAAAUAAUCUAUCAAAAGAGGGAGCUUUAGUAAAGAAUUUGAAAGUCUUUAUAAAAUAAGAAAGUAGGAUUUAAGUAUAAAAAUAGAACAUAAUUUUUUACACUACCCUUGUUGACAGAGUUAACAUUUUCAAACCUUUAGAUGAUUAGUAGAAAGGCUGAAAGAUUGAAUGCGUAAUUUGAAGGUAUUUUUCCUUCACUAUUACUCACAGUUUUGAUAAAUUUCAUUCUUCAAAUUCAGGUAUAUCAAGCCAAUGUUUAUGGAGAAGGAAUGAAAUUCCACUCAUUUAAGAAGGUUCUGCGAGAUUUAGGAUCAGAUUAUGAUGACUUUGAGCUCAUCUCUUUUCACUCAACAUCCAAAGGAUUUCUUGGAGAGUAAGUUCAGAAAUAUAUCCUGCAAUGGCUCUAAUUAACUUCUAGGGAAGAAAGCAAUAUUAUUAUGCGAUAAGGACUGGGACCAAGUUCUAUAUUCCCAAAAGGAGCCUGGUACUAGUGUAUAGGACCACCUUGUUGUCGUUUUAUGUUCUUGUCAUUCUUUAGCAAGAAUGGCCAUUUUCUAUUAAAUAUGGGUCUCUGAAAAACAGAUGAAUUCCUUUUAAUGAGGAGAGCAUAAAGCAAGAAUAACGUGGUCCAAGAAACUAGUACCAGGGUCCUAUCGAACAUAUAGAACAUAGUGUCGAGUCCUUAUCUUAUAAUAAUAAUUGCAUUUUUCUCUAACUUCCAACAUUACUUCUUUGCUGGAGAUGCUAGUCUUGUGGGUAAAAUCAUGACUAAGACCAUUCUUUAACCCAGUUUUAAUCUAAAUUCCCUUUGUUUCUUAGCCUUAUUCAUAGGAGACAAAGGAGAUUGUUAGAUAGCCUGAGAACAUUUUACCUGCAACAUGAUCCUCAAAAUUUUGACAACAGUGUUCAGCUUAUAAUUUGUUGUUUGAACACUAAAGCCCUUUUACAGUGAAACCCCACGUUAUGGCCACUCCGGUAAUACGGUCACUUCGUUAUUACGGCCAAAUUCUUUUGGCCCAUUGGUGACGGUAUUAACAGGGUUUCACUGUAUGGCCUAACAUUAUAACUUGCAGACAAAAAUUUCAGCUAAAAUACCUAGUCAAACCUGAUUUCAAGGUAUCCAUUCUACAAUCCUGGACAAAAGUCCUUGGGACAGUACUGCAAUAUUCAUAUUUUUCUGUUAUUUCUCGGUUCCCUCUUAAAGCAGUGCAUCCUUUUCAAAAUUUUCUUGCAGUUCUCCCUCCUCCCACCCCAUACAAAGUUGAAAAGUCACGGAAAAAAUUCUGGAUAUACCCGUCCAACAUUGUUUGUGGGGUGAGGGGAGGGGUUGGACCUGUGUGGAUUGGAAAAUGUCCCAGAAAUACAAAAGUGUCCCAAGACUUUAGUCCAUGAUUUCAAGGUAUCCAUUGUAGUCACAACCGUCAGCUGUUAGUCAGUUUUUUUAUCUGUCCCCAUUACUGAUGCAUGAACAGGACUUCCUAGUUUCCUUCUUGUUAUUAAAGUGGUGAAUGCUUAAAAUGUUUUUCAUUAUUACCUUUUCAUUUUCAGGUGUGGCUUUAGGGGAGGGUACAUGGAGAUUGUGGGAAUGGAUAAUGAGGUCAGAUUACAGUUAAAAAAGAUGAUGUCAGCAAAGCUUUGCUCUUGCAUUACCGGUCAGGUGAGGGAAACAAUUCUCUCUGCUUUCUUUCCUUGUUUUUGGAAUACUUGAUCAGGAUAUCUAUAUCAUUAGCUGAGGGCUGGUGAUGGUACAUUUUCAAGGUUUAAAAUUUUAAUUUGUCAGGAAUGUCUUCAUGUAUUAAGUGAAUAGCUAGCUUAAUGAACCUGUGUCUGUUGAAGUUUUUCUGUAAGGUGUUGAAAACUUGAUCAUCAUAUUGAAGUUAUUUCUUGUUAUUAUAAAUUAUGCUUUUCUUCAGGCUAUGAUGGACUGUCUUGUUAGCCCCCCUCAACCUGGAGAUGAGUCAUAUGACACUUUUAUUAAGGUAAUUGCAUGCAUGAAAUCCUCCUCUCUUAAAAAUUUUACAUACAUGGCUAAUGUAUAAGAUCUAUGUGGUUCAGUUUUAUUCUUGCUUCAGCUUUCAUUUUCCUUUUAACUGUUUCAGUCAUUGUCAUAUUACACCAAUAACAAAAUAUUGAACCACAACAUAAAAUAAGGCAUUUAAAUUGUCAUCUCAAAAAUAAUAUUAAUUAUCUCCUUACCAGAAAAUAAUCGGUUCUUGUGCUUGCUUAUAAUGUGCACCACUCAGGCAACUAGUGGAUUUAUAAACAUUUUUUUAUUAAUUUGCAGUGAAACUUAUUAAAAUGCUAUGACUUUUCUCUGACAGUGCGGUGAAUGUGUUUUUAUGUUAGCAUAAACAAGUGGAGAGCAGUGGCAGAGUUAUUUCAUUUCUAAGAUAUGAUAAACUAAGAUGAAAGAACUAAUGGAAAAAAAUUAAGUUAAAAAAAAACAAUCAGCCGAGAAAUAAAUUAUAAAUUCGACUUUUUUGUCAAAAAUUUGUGUAAUUUAAAACCGAGAAUUAAAAAAAAGCUAAAUUAUUUCCUUAAAUUUUCUAUGCAACUAUCAUAAACUCCUCCUUAAAUUUCACAUUUAGGAGAAAACAGCUGUUCUUCAAUCAUUCAAGGAGCGAGCCAAACUUGUUGCAGAAACCUUCAACUCAAUGGAGGGAUUUCAGUGUAAUGAAGUGAUGGGAGCUAUGUAUGCAUUUCCACAAUUAUUUCUGCCUAAAAAGGCUCAAGAUGAAGCCAAGGUAUUGUUAUUUUCAAGUUAUUUUUUGGUAUUGUACAAGAGAUAUUGUCUGAUAUUUUUAUAUGGCUGAAUUAGUGAGCAUGCAAGAUUGAGUGAAUCCUGUGUUCUGAUUGGCUACUCAAGCAGGCAAGACCACUCAGGCUUUCCAACAUUGAUCCAGCAACUGUGCAAGGAAAUAAUACAAUAAUAAGGCCAUAGAAUAAAAUUUGUUCUUUUUUGCAUGUUUAUUGGCCUCAAAUUCCUCUCAGUCCAUAAAAACAGAAAAAAAAUACCUUGGCCAUAUAUCCAGCCAUCUCGACCUCACACUUAGCCAAUGCAAUUAAGGUUACAAUCCCUAGGAUCAUCAACAUCUUUAUGCAUAGUUUCAAUCUGAUAGUACGCUGCUCUCUAGAACCUCCAAUUUCAUUGGAUCUUCCAUAGCACACAGCUGACUAUUCUGUUAAGGCUAUAAGGUCCAUUGUUACUCUUGUUUGUUUAUUGUUUUCUCAGCCAUUCCUGUUAGAAUUUUAAGAGCUAUUGUACCAUCCCAUUUCAGUUGACGUUCUGAAGUUAAACAUCUUGUCCUCAGAAGUUCUGACAAUUCUUGUGUUGAGAUGUGAAUGGUGUUGCAUUACUCGUGUAUUUAAAUAUGGGGAAGUAGCCCUUUUUGACUAUUGUUUGAUCAUCUCAAAAUUGUGAAUACAAUGUAAUAUGAGCUAUUGUUGUUGUUUUCCCUGUCCUAACAGGCUAAGGGUAUGCACCCUGACAGCUUUUAUGCAUUAGAGUUGCUUGAAAAGACAGGACUGUGUGUAGUGCCUGGCAAUGGUUUUGGACAGAGAGAUGGAACAUUCCACUUCAGGUAAGAGAUACUAAACCAGAUUUUGUAUGCAACUUUUUGUUUCUGCAUUGAUUAAACUUGAACACCUUGUUGUUGACCAGUGUUCAUCAAAAUUUAUCCAACACCACAGUGUAUUUCUUCAAAAUCUCUCAAAAACAAGUCAGAACACAGUUUUUUUGUGCAAAAGAAAAUGCAAUCAAAUAUUUAACAUUAAAAAAGAUCAUCACAGUUGUUGAUGCAACCGAAACUUUCGUAGUUGUGAACAGAAAGCCUGGAAGACUUCAGGCUUGUACGCAAUGCAUAAUUUGUUGGUUCAACACUUUGCCAGUUAGGCUAGCAAGCCAGUUCUGCAUGGUAGCUGGUCAUUAAGUUGGUUUGUCAUAAACCCAUGAAACAAUUUAAAUGAAAUGUGAAUGAGUAAUGUGUGAGUCAUAAAUGAACUGCAGGAUGAAGAAUUUCACAUGUAAGAAAAGACGAUAAUCACAGUUGUCUAAUGAAACCCUUAAAAAGUUCAUGCUUGUACAUUACUAGCACAGGGAUUCAAACCCUUGACCUCUGUGAUACCAGUGCAGCACACAAAAGAAAUUAUUGAGCUAACAAACAAACUAAACAGGAGAUGGUCAUUAAGUUGAUUCAGUACAAUCAAGGAGAUUUUAGAGGGGUUAUCCAGUUACAAUUGACAGAAUGAGAUGUGCUUAUAAUUAGUGCUUUAAUGUAAUCCUAGCCAUAGGGUUUUUUUGUGAUUUAUGCAAAAUUGUUUAAACUAUUAAAAUUAUAUUACUGCGAUUUAUUCAACUCUUUCACUACUUGUUUCCCCCUGUACCUUUGUAGGUUGACAAUACUGCCACCAAUUGAAGCCCUCAAGCCUCUGUUUGAGCGUUUGAAAGCCUUCCAUCAAGAGUUCAUGGAAAAGUACAGGGACCCCAGCUCUAGUUUAUAA